AAAUGGGAGCUCAAAAUUCGAAGCGAAAAGAUCUAAAAAAUAUUAACGAUGAGGAUUAUGCACAUUUUAUGGAAAAACUCAAAAAACACACAGAUGGAAAGGACAAAAUGACGCGAGACCAGUUUGUGGCAAUGUUCAUACCGAUUCUGGGUGAAUAUUCAUCACAAUUCUACUUUCGUUUGGUAAAAAACGAGCCGCAGGGCGUUUUGCUCGCUAAAACAAUCCUAAAAUGUAUUGAUACUGGACUGGGACAUUUCGAUCAGCUCGCCGAUAUGCUCAGAUUCUGUUUUGGAGAUCAAAAAGAUCAGAUAAUGCGAAAUGUUGUGAAAAUCUUCUGUGAAGGAAACAAAUUCACCCGAGAGGAUCAGGUCCGUCUCUACGAUUAUUUCGAAACAGAAAAUACAAAACCAGUGAGCGAACUGGAAAGCUUUUUCUCAAUGUGCCCACUGUUCGCCUAUUGUGCUUCGUUCAUUUUCCAACGACUUUUGGAUAAAACUGGAGACUCGAAAAUGCCAAUUCUCUCGGACAAGACUCAUUUAAUGGGAAAUAUCGAUCAAUUAGUGCUCAACUCGCACCUUCCAUUCGAUCGACGCAAAAAUUGGACACUUUUAUAUUCAAACAUGAAACACGGGCAAAGUUUCUCACAAUUGGUUAAAUGUAUUAAUGGAGAAGGUCCUUGUAUGAUUGUGAUCAGAUCAAUGAAAGGACGACGAUUUGGGUUUUUCGCCUCGCAAGGUUUUCUCGCGGGACCCCAAUACCGUGGCACGGCCGAGUGUUUCCUCUUCCAGCUGGCUCCGAAAAUUGCAACUUUUGAUGCGACCGGGCGGACUGAGAAUUACGUGUACCUAAACUACCAGCAACAGCAACAUCCGAAUGGAUUGGGAAUUGGUGGAACCGAAUCCGUAUGGCCGUUGUUUAUCCACGAGGAGUUUGGCGGUGGAACGUGCCAAAAGAAUUCCAGUUCGUUUGAGCCUUGCCACAUUGCCGAAGAGGACGAGUUCAAGAUCAAAACAAUCGAGGCUUGGCGCCCGGGCGACAAACCACAGAAAUCAUUCGAAGAGCAAAUCUUGCUCGAGGAACGAUCGCCGGAAAAAUCGAUAAUCGACAAGGAUCCGGAGGCUCGUGCGGUGCUCGAGUUGGCCGGAAAAUCGAUGCAUUCGGAAGCGUAUCGUGAUCCGGCUCCCCUGCUCGAUGGUGAAUAGGCUCCGGAACCUCUAAUCCCCAAUUGCCACUUUCUCAGUCUUCUUUGAUCCUUUACAUCACCUGUAAUUCCACUUUCAUCAGUUUUUGUAUCUCCUGUGCUAUUUAAACGCUGCAAGACCCAUGUGCGCCUUUAAAUGAUCACUAUAUCUUUGAAUUCAUAAUACUUUUCCGCCGCCCGUCCCCAUGUCCUGCCGCCGUGAGCUAAACAAUGGUUGUUAAUAUUUCGACAAUUUUACAUGUAAAUUUUCACAUCCAUACGUUUCUGCAAUUUUUCAAUCAAAAAUUCUAGAAAUUUUCAAAUAAAAAUGAAUUUUCGAUU